AUGAUCGUGCGAGUGCCUGUCACUUUUUUGUGGCAGAAGGCGGCCAAGAAGUGGGGCAAGUACUGGACCUUCAUGGCCUACAAUGUGGUCUACGGCUGCUACAUGUUUGUGUUUCUCUCUAUUGGCAAAGGCAGCGCUUUACUUGGCCUCAUCACCUGUGCGGUGUGGGGCGUCGCGUAUGCGGGGCACUGGCUGCUCUUCGACCUCACCUCUGACGCGGUGGACUACGACGAGCUGCUCACCGGGGAGCGCCGGGAGGGUCAGUUCACCAUGGCCCGGGAGCUGGUGCCCAAGAUCUGCGAGAUCCCGGCGGACGCGGUGCCCUUUUUGCUCAUGAGCUACUUCAACUACAACCCUGACCUGCCUGAGCAGAACGAGGCAGUACAGUGGAUCAUCAGAGGCUCUUUGUCCGUGGUGCCCGGCUUGGCUGGCCUAGGUGGAGCUGUCGCGCUGCUUUGGUACAACCUUCGUACUGAGGCGCAGCAGCAAGACAUCAUCGCUGGUAUCCAGAGACAUCAGGAAGGCAAGGUGACCACAGAUCCCUUGACAGGACUGCUGUUGCCUCCUAUCAACGUCCAGGAUGAUGGCUCGGUGGAAUACGAGGGCUCCAUGGUGGCCUGCGAGCCCAAGAAGAUCUUGGACUACUUCUUCGCCUCGGAGAUCCGCUGGGCCUGUGAGAGCGGGGACCUGGGAAGGCUGAAAGUGAAGCCGGCGCUGGUGAUGGUCUUUUGCGCUCUGCUCGCGGUCCCAGGCGUUUUGCUCACCGUUGAAGGCUGGGCUUCGCUGAAGCAGGGCGACAGCUCUUGGUCUCCAGUGGGCAUCAUCCUCCUUGGCUUCGCGGUGAUCGGAUUCCUCUUCAGCCUGGAGCGGCUGAGGCAGGCCAUGCGCGCCGUUGGCAAGGUCAGCCGCAAGGACCUGGAGGCCGCCAAGCUGAUCUCGGGCGCUUACUGCGAUUGCUGCUGCCCCUUGAACUUGGAUGAGGAGACCUGGGUCGUUGCUGACGGCAUCCGCGCAGACCACGGCUACGCAGUGGAGGAGAGUCAGGUGCGCACGCGGACCGGGCACAGGAGCAUCGCCUGGAUCGAGGGAGUGGAGGUCUUUGUGGAGAAGAGGAAGCUGAACCUGGAGCGUACCUCUGUGAACCUCAACGCUUGGACUUCUUUGCUGGCGCACUUCUGUGGCUUCGCCGCCAUCGAAGCGGGUGGAGCGCUGCAGCACAUGGAUUGGUUCAAAGAGUCGCCGAUCCGUGCCCUUGUUGCCGUUCUCAUCAACCAGGUCAGCAUCGGAAUCCUAUUUCGCGGCAUGGACCUUUGCCGGAUAGCCACCAUCAACGACCAGGGGGACGAGCGCGUGGUGUUGCUCAACGAAGAGAUCAAGGAGGCAGAGAACGACAUCAUCAGUUUGGCCAGCUCCUUCUUGGUGGUGCAGGUGAUUCGAUUUGUGCUUUCAGGGCAGCUUCCUGACAAUGAAGGCCACAUGGAGCCAUAUGUGCCGAUGGGCAUGACCGCCCUCGGCCAGCUUCUGGCCUGUGGUGUCGCCUCAGUGGUUUUGUCGGUGGUGCUGAGCUGCAUACCCGUCAACAAUAGCAUCAUCAUGUGGCUGCUGGAGAAGUUCCAAAAUAUCACGGGCAUGAUCUUCGCUUGGUGCACCCUGUGGAGCGUGUCCAUGUUCGUGCGGGAGACGGAGGUCUUCCAGAACGUCUUAGAUACCCAGCUCUACCCCAAUGAGCGGCACUUGGUCUCGGCGCUGGUGCUCUCACUGUGCUCCUUGAUGGCUAUCCGAGUGCUGGACUGCAUUCAGGACAUGGGUGCCUCGUUCCCGCGGAUCCUGCAGAACAUGAUCAAUGUCUUCUCCGUGCUGAUUGGUCUUUCCUGGGAGAUCUGCUUUGAGAGUGGCGUCAGUGAGCUUUCAAUGGAGACCGCCCACCCCACGCGGAUGAAGCUGAUCUUCACCAUUUGUGCUGUAGGCAUUGUGCUGCCGGCUUGGCGGUUGUAUGUGGUGAAGCGAGUCUACGACCUGAAGUGCAAGGCCAUCGAGCGGCUGGAAGCCAAAAAGAAGUUGGAAAGCGGCUUCAACCCCGCUCUUCAGCACGUAUUCAACGGAUCGGAUCACGACCAGGCUGCACCUGCUCAGGGCAUGCAGUGGAACUCUUCGGCGUUGCCUCUGGCGGCGCAAGCGGCACAGGCAGCGCAGAUGCAUGGCGCAGCGGCUGCUCAAGCAGCGCAAACCGCGCAAGUGCAUGUGCAGGCAGCGCAGGCUGCCCAUGCCAUGGCCCGGCAAGCGGCGGAGUCCAUGCGACUGCCAGAACCCGAGCACAUGCUCCGCACGUGGCGGCGAAUGGCUUUCUUCGGGGAGAGGAUGGAGCUGCAGGCCUAUGGUUUGGGCCGAUCCUUGGCUCCCGAAGGCUAUUUGAAUCUAAUGUCCUCGGGUGUGCUGAGCCCCCAGUGGCAGCGCAGUUUGCGGCGCCUCCCCAGCAGCGGCCUGGUGCGCGCCGCAGUGGUCCUGGCGCGUGCGGAUCGACCGCCCGCAGGGUCAGGCUGCGAUGCUUCAGUUUGGCCGGAGGCGCGGCGCCAGCGGAUCGCUGCCAUUUUGCAGCUGAUGGUGGAAACCAAGCCAACGCUCUCUGGACGAGACUGGGCUGCCACGCUUUGGGCCACCGCCCGCUGCCGCGGCAAAGCGCCCCAGCAGCUGCUGACGCGGGCUGUGGACGCGGUGCAGUCUGGCCUCACAGACGCCCAGAGCAGCGACCUGGCGCGGUGCUUUUGGGCCGCGGCCUCGCUGCGCUGGCGGGAGACCCGGUUUCUGGCAGGUGCCAGAAUGGCAGCUGGACCUUUGCUGCCACAGUGCUCUCAGCAGGACCUUAGUAACAUUGCUUGGGCGUCUGCAACGCUGGGCUUCAACCGAGUGGUUGCGGCCUACGCGCGUCGCCAAGACGAAUCGCAGGAGCCCUGCGCUCCCCAGGCGGUGGCCAACCUUCUGUGGAGCUUGGCCAAGGCCUACGAGGGUGGCUUCGGAGACAAGGCGGAGGACCUGGCGUUGAGUCUGGAGACAGCGGUGCUGUCGUGCCUCCAAGCCGCGCAGCCCUUGCACGUCGCCAACAUCCUGUGGUCGCUUGCGAAGCUUGGAGUCACGCUGGAUCCGGAAGGCCCACUUAUCACCGGCCUGAGUCACCGCAUGGGUGAGCUGUUGCAGGAGGCGGAGAUCCAGCACCUCGCCUCGGCCGCCUGGGCGCUGGCGAAGCUCUCGGACGCCGGCGCCACCGGCGCCACCGGCGCCACCGGCGCGGCCCACGGCUUCCUCCGGAGCCUGGCGGAUUUCAUGCGGCUGUGCGUGAAGCGGACGGAUCGCUCAUGGCGGGUACGCUUCGAGGGCAUUCUCUUGUCACACGUCUCCAUCAUGUGCUGGUCCUUUGCGAGGGUCAUGGCCAAAGAGCGCGUCACCCGCCAGCUGCUGAAGAGCGCCAGCCGCCAGCUGCCGUCGUUCACGGCCGAAGGUGCUAUCAAAGCGCAGGAGCACGCGAACCUGCUGUCGGCCUACGCAGAGGCAUCGGAGACUGCUUGGGCUGGGAUGGAGAAGCCGCAUGCCAUGCUCAGGCAGUUGGUGCUGCUUCUGUGCGAUUCGAAGCUGCAGCUCCAAGGGGAGACCUUCGAGUCCUUGGCCUCUGCUGCCAAGAGCCUGGCGAAGCUGCGGAGCCGCGUGCCACAGGCGCGGCAGUGGCUGGGUGAUGCCUCGCUGCGGCUGUGCAAGCGCCCGCAGCUGCUCAGGGACCUUCCGCCGCCGGAGGUGGUUGCCAUGGUGAGAUCUUUGGGCAGCUGCGGCGCGCUGCAGCCACGCCUCUUGACCGCCUCUUUGCUCGUCCUUCAGGAGAAAUCCUCGGAGUUAACGGUGCGGCAGCUGCAGGUCCUGCUGGAUGCUUUGGCGCUGCUGAAGCCAAGGAAGCUGGCGCCAGAGCACAUUUGGUUCCUGCAGCUGGUUGAGAGCCGCUUGGAGGAGUUUCCAUUGCCACUGCUGACCUCCACUUUGUGGUGCCUGCAGACCUUGUCCUCUCCGCGCCGCGACCUCACGGAGAUGCUGGCGGCGGCCACUUCUCGCUUUCGGGGCGCGCAGCUUGCAUGGCCUGGCCAGGCAAAGGGUGACGCGGUAGAGUUGUCCAAGCAGCAGUGGAUGCGGCUGGUGAACUCCACGGAGCCGGCCCUCACGGAGUGCAGCGAGCCUUGGGCAAUUGACCUGGCACGGCCCUUCGCCACAUGGCUGGACCAAUUCUUGGAGGAGCUCCGCAAUGAGAGCGAUUUGGUGGUGGCAGUCGCCCAGGACAGCGUGCUUCGCCAGGAGUCCGCGGCGGCGCGGUACCGAGCGCUCAGCUCGGCCGUGGGGGGCCUGGGCCCCCGCUGGACCACGGAGGCGGCAGCGCUGGGCCUCCGCUUCCUGAAAGCUUCUGACGUGCCUGCAGACCUGCAGGACCAGGUAUGGCCCCGGCACCGCGAGGGCGCCGCCGCGCUGCAGGCGCAGCUCAGUUUUCGGCCCUCGCCAUCAGAAGAGCAGCUGGCAGUCCUGCAACACUUUGCCGUCACCGGCCCGGAAGAGCUGAGCAGCAGCAGCGGAUCAGAGGAGUCAGACAGCGAGGAGGAGCAAGCACCGCCUUUGAGCUUCGGCUCUUUGCUGGCCGCCAAUGCAGCGGCCGAGGAGCAUGCAGAGUUCAAGAUCCUGUCCAGGUUGGCGGAAGACCUGCAGCAGAAGGACCGCGCGAGCCUGGGAGGGCAGGUCACGCUCUUCACCGCGAAGCCGCCCUGCGUGUCCUGUUUGGGCGCCAUGCGCCAGCUGCGCAGCCACUGGCCGGGCAUUGAGAUUCAGGUGGGCUACGCUGGUGCGCAGCCACAUCGUGGGCGUGAAGAUGGCGUCGACGGCGACGGUGAAGGUGUCACCGACGUCAGCGACACUUCUGCAGGAAGCGAGCCCGCAGCUCUGCGGGCGGCACUGGAGAAGUUCCUGCGGUCCCAGAAAUCUGCCACCCCCGUGGCGCUUCUCGGCACAGACCCUCGAGUGCGGGAGCUUUGGAAGCACGUGUGUGCCACCGGCGUGCGGCCCUCUGGCAAGAAUGUGCCUCGCAAGAAGCGCGAGUGGCAAGACAAGCUGAAGUACUUUCUGGCGCAUCACCCGGCGGUUUUCCAGCUUGAUGAUGGUGGGACUGUUCGACUUGUGGAUGACAAGGACAAGGAUGUAGAGGCCCAGGAGCGCGCGGAAGGCUUUGCGCAGCUCCGCUCGGCCUUGGAGGACAAGGAUGUAGAGGCCCAGGAGCGCGCGGAAGGCUUUGCGCAGCUCCGCUCGGCCUUGGAGGAGACCAUCCUGGAGCUUCUGCGCCAGGGUCGUACCAGCCGGGACCAUCGAGGCAGUGGAGGCUAUGUGCUCGUGGAGGACGUCGCUUGCACGCCUCGAGUGUACAAACUCUGGAAGAAGCUGCGCCGUGACCCGACGGACCGGCUGGCCUUCUACCUGCGGCAUGAGGAGGCCUUCGAGGUUUGGAGUCCUGGGAAGGACGGCGAGGCAGCUGAUGGUCUGCGGAGUGCAGUGCGAAUACGCUUGGUGUUGAAAAGGCCCUCCGGGCCCAGUGAGCCACGUGGGUUGCAACUUCUCUGCACGAGUUGCGACCAGGUCUGGCAAUACUCGCCCGCUCAGAAGGCAUUGUCUGCCAGCUCGCCGUACAACUCCCAGUACUCCGUCACGGUGCGUCAGUACUCCUCCACCUCGGUGCAGCUUCCAGCGCCGCAGGGCGUGCCCUGCUCCCCUGCGCCGCGGCGCUCCCACCCCCCGGUGAUCGUGCCAGUGGAGCCUUUGCCGCCGAAGCUGGGCGAGCGGAAGGUAUCUCAGGUUCUGGACCUGUGGGUGGAGCACCCGCUGAUGCAGCGGCCGCCUCCGGAAGGGCGGCGGUCCAUCCCGGUGCAGGAGAAGCCAGAGCUCAAGCAGAGAGCCAGCCGGGCGGAGAUGCAGGAAAGCUACGUGCAGACCACGCCAGAGAAGAAGGUUCCAGAAGAGCCGGUGACAGUGAUGGAGGUGACGCCAUGCUCCACCAUGGCCACGAUGAAGGCCAUCCCUGCAGCAUCGUCGGCGGAGGUUUCCGCAGAUGCGGAGGUUCUGGGGACACCACUUUUGCCGACGUCUCUGAGCUUUGGCCACGAGGAGACACCGGCGCCGCCCAACGAGGCCGUUACAACGCCUGUGGCCCAGGAGCCGACGGUGAGCGAGGCUGCCUGCCCAGAACCGCAACAAGAGCCUGCAGCAGUCACUUCCACUGCGGAAACGCCGCAGGAGGCGGCACAUGAAUCAGCGCAGGCGCUGCGGGCCGCAGUGCAGAAGGCUGAGCUCGAAGCCUUGCGCCUGGCGCUGGAGCAGGCGGUCCUCGCUGGAACCAGCUGGGAGCUGAUUGAGUGGGCCCACGACAAGUUCCGCGAGAUGGAGAACCAGGCCUGGAAGCUGCGCAUGGAGGGAGCGGCGAGGGCCGCCUUGCAGCAGCUUAUGGCCCAAAACGCCUCUGCGGAGACCCUUUCGGACGCCUGCGAGCACGCCUGGCAGGCCGGAGUCCAGUGCGACGAGCUGGAUGCAGCCCGCGAGGAGAUCGGGCGACGGCACUACCAGCAGGCAGCAGAAGAGGCCUUGCUGGCCGCCUUUCAGCGUGGCACUCCCUUGGAGCUUUUCCAGCAAGCUUUGCAGCGGGCAGAGCAGGCUGGUGUUGCCACGGGCCUGCUGAAGCAUGCCAACAGCCGGCUGGAGGACUUGCAGUCUUGCGCGCGUCAGCAGCAGCAGCGUGCAGACGCAGAGCAAGCCUUGAAGGAACGCGCGCAAUCUGCCACAGCGGCAGCUCAGAUCCUCCCCGCCAUGGACAUGGCGCUGGAGGCUGGGGCGUCACGAGAGGCCCUGGACAAGGCGCUGCAGAAGAAGGCCACACUGGAGAUCCACGAGUGGCAGGCUCGCAAGGGGGAGCUCUCAAAGAGGCGGCCCUCGGUGCGAGCACGCCAAGAGGACCUGCCGGAGGCGGUGGCUGCACCAAGCGAGGAGGAGGUGGCCUUGGCCUGGCGCCCCAAGGAGAAGGAGACUUCCGGCAGCAGCAGCGAGAGCUUCUCCAGCAGAGGCGAGGAGAGCUCAGGGCGCUGGACGGUUCCGCCACGCUUGCCGGUGGAUUUGAGCUCACCGCCGCCGCGGACACCACGCGCGAGGCACCGCCGUCAAGAUGAGGCGCGGGACGGGCCUGAGCCGGGCAAUGCCCGCAGCAGCAGUGCCCCUCGAGCUGCCAGUGUGGGACACAGAUAUACGGCACCAUCGCCCCGGCCACAGCGAGAGGACCUGCCCUGCUAUGGCCUGGAUGCAGAGCUCAAAGCAAAGGCGGCAGCCAAGUACAGUCCAGAGGCGGAGCAGUCAGCAGCCCACUGGGUCCAGGCGGUGACCGGCCACCCGGUGCUCGGCGACUUCGCUGGAGCCUUGCGUUCCGGCGCGAUCCUUUGCGAUCUGGUGAACUGCAUCCGACCCGGCAGCAUUCCCAAGGUGAACCCCCCUGGGAUGCCAUUCAAAGAGAGGGAGAACAUCAGCAACUUCCUACGGGCCUGCCGAAACUUUGGCGUGCAGGAGUAUGCGCUGUUCUCCACGGAUGAUCUCUACGAAGAGAAGAACUUGACGUCAGUGGUGAACUGUAUCUAUGCGUUGGGUGGUGCAGUGCAGCGUUAUGUGCCGGACUUCACAGGUCCCAGCUUCGGAGUCAUUGACACUUCCAACACCAAGCGCGAGCAGAAGCGCGAUCUGGGCCCUGUGUCACAGACCGGAGGCCUUCGCGGACCCUUGGAACGCUCGCACCUGGACAUGGUCUCCAACUCGAACGUCCGAGUUGGUGGAUGCUGA